AUGGCCAUCAAGAUGCUCUAUGCUCUCUCCCUCCUUGUUGCCUGUGGCAUCGUCUCCGCUCUCCCUGUGGAAGACAUCGGUGUUACUGCAACUGCCACUACCGGCGAUCUGUCCGGGAGGGGAACCAUAUACUAUCAGUAUGGAGCAGCAGGUUCCUGUGGCGCCGUGCACGGAGAUGGAGACUACAUUGUUGCUCUAGGCCCACACUACAUGAAAGGCCCCAACAGCCCUUACUGUGGUAGACGUAUUUUUGCUAAGAACACCAACACCGGAAAGUCCGUCACCGUCACCGUGGCUGAUACCUGCCCAACCUGCGGACCUGGAGACGUUGACUUAGCCCUUGGCCCGUGGAAAGCCUUGACCAACAAUGCGGCCCCUGGAGUUUUCCCCGUCUCCUGGCAUUUCUCUUAA